AUGCUUAGAUGUGCGCUGCCGCUCAUGAAUUCAGAAGAGAGAGUCUACCAGGGCAAGGAGCAGAAGGCGAGCUUGAGUGUCCGGUUACCAGUACGUUGACAGAGUUCGAAGCGGUGGUUGGUUCCAGCAAGUGAGUGCAGAAGUACGGUCGAGCAGCAGCAGUGUUGACCGACUUGAGUUGAGUGCAGCAGCGAGCAGAACCAACGACAAAGUUUCCUCUUCAAAGCAUCAUCCAUUAUCCUCGGUCUUUGAGUCUUUGAUCUAGCAUCUUCGGCGACAACCGUCCGAGACAUAGAGCAACCCACUGACAAGAACCUCGAACCUAGCACAAGAACCGUUAGUGUAGAGCCACAUCGCUCUGCAUUGGAUUGGUUGAUUGGGUCAUCAACAGAACCCGACGACCAAGUAUCACAUUGGCGUCUCGGCGCUUGUUUGUGCGGUUGCUAUUUGCGUCUUUGAGUUCACAGCAGUAUUUGAAGCAUGGCC